UUCUCAGUGCAGCCUCUGGCCAUGGCUUCUCUACGCAGUGCCACCCCCAAACUGAGGAACUACUUCAGGGACAACUACAUUCCUCAGAUCUGCGAGGCACUGUUGUGUGGUUUACUUGUGACAUGCCCUGAGGAUCCACUGAGGUAUUUAGAGCAAAUGAUCACAAUUAUCAUUCAAAAUGGCCUGGAAAACCUUCUUUGGGACAUGUGCAUUGAUCCAUCACUGAAACCAAAAAUUCGAAGACUUUCUGAAACUUACUUGGAACAACUUUUUGGACUGGAUGACCAGCUGGUGACUCCAGAGUUGAUGAUAAAAGCAUGUACAUUUUACACUGGACAUUUAGUAAAGAGCCAUUUUGGUGGUUGGAGGGAAGUCGCAAUACCUCGUGCAAAUCAGGAGGCGAUCCUGGCUGAAAAAAUGAACAGAGCAAUAACACAUUACAACUUUAAAUGUCAAAAAUUAUUUUUUAGUCACUGGUUCUCUUAUGUGGAAAAAAAUCGAGAAAGGCUUGUAGCUUCACUGUUUCGGUUGCGACAGAUGUUCUGUCUCCAAAGGCAAAGACUUAUCCUAGCCAAAUGGAAGGAGAAAGCCAGACACAAGAGUAAAACAAGAGAAGACGACUUGAUUUUAAAACAUGAACUUCAGUUGAGGAAAUGGAAGUACAGGCUGAAAUCCAAAGUAGCUGAGGAAAAACCCCUUAGCCCUGAGCGGAGUUCCUCUGACACUGUUGUUACAGUUGUGCCUGUAGAAUUUGACAUCUCAGCUUUACCAGAACGAGCAAUAAUGCAGAUUUUCUCAUACCUCAGUUUUAGAGAUACGAUCACGUGUGGUCAAGUCAACCGCUCCUGGAUGGCAAUGACACAGAGAGGCUUCUUGUGGAAUGCUAUUGAUUUUUCCACAUCAAAAAACAUUACAGGUAAAUUUGUAGUGACUACUUUGCAAAAGUGGCGUCUAACUGUGCUGCGCCUGAACUUUCGAGGCUGUCUCUUCCGAACAAAAACUUUGAGAGCUGUCAGCCACUGUAAAAAUCUGCAAGAGUUGAACGUCUCAGACUGCCAGUUCCUCACAGAUGAAUCAAUGAGACACAUUUCUGAAGGCUGUCCUGGGGUCCUGUAUCUCAAUCUAUCCAACACAACUAUCACUAACAGGACUAUGCGACUCCUGCCCAGGUACUUCCACAAUUUACAGAAUCUCAGUCUGGCUUACUGCCGAAAGUUCACGGACAAAGGCUUACAGUACCUGAACUUGGGGAAUGGAUGCCACAAGCUCAUCUAUCUGGACCUUUCCGGCUGCACCCAGAUCUCAGUGCAAGGCUUCAGGAACAUUGCAAACAGCUGCACAGGGAUCAUGCACUUGACCAUCAACGACAUGCCAACCCUGACUGACAACUGUGUAAAAGUUCUGGUUGAGAAGUGUCCCCGUAUUUCAACCGUGGUUUUCAUUGGCUCACCACACAUCUCUGACUGUGCUUUCAAAGCUCUUUCUUCCUGUAACCUCAAAAAGAUCCGAUUUGAAGGAAACAAAAGGAUUACUGAUGCAUGCUUCAAAUAUAUAGACAAGAAUUACCCAGGUAUCAAUCAUAUCUACAUGGUGGACUGCAGGGCACUAACAGACAGCAGCCUCAAGUCACUUUCUGUUUUGAAGCAAUUGACCGUGUUGAACUUGACCAAUUGCGUAAGGAUUAGUGACAUUGGCCUGAGGCAAUUUCUUGAUGGUCCUGCCAGUGUGAGGAUAAGGGAACUCAACUUGACUAACUGCAUGCUCCUGGGUGACUCCUCCAUUGUGAGACUGUCAGAGCGCUGCCCUAAUUUACACUAUUUGAGUUUACGAAAUUGUGAACAUUUGACUGACCUGGCAAUUGAAUAUAUUGCAAGCAUGCUAUCCUUGAUAUCAAUAGAUCUUUCUGGAACACCCAUCUCAAAUGAGGGCUUGACCAUACUUUCCAGACACAGGAAGCUGAGGGAACUGUCUCUGUCUGAGUGUACCAACAUCACUGACUUGGGAAUUCGGACAUACUGUAAAACCUCGCUGAACUUGGAACACUUGGAUAUCUCCUUCUGUCCCCAUCUGUCAGAUGACAUUAUAAAAACAGUAGCCAUUUUCUGCACUCAGAUCACGUCUCUCAACAUCGCAGGAUGUCCAAAGAUUACUGAUGGAGGAUUGGAGACAUUAUCUGCAAAGUGCCAUUAUCUGCACAUUUUGGAUAUCUCUGGCUGUAUCCUACUUACAGAUCAGAUCCUUCAGGACCUUCAAAUUGGCUGCAAGCAACUCCGGGUCCUCAAGAUGCGAUUCUGCAGGUCCAUUUCUGGGGCAGCAGCUCACAGGAUGUCCUCUGUGGUCCAGCAUCAGGAAUAUAGCUCCGACAACCCUCCACGUUGGUUUGGCUACGAUUCUGAAGGCAAUCCUCUUGCAGGGACUCACACUAGAAUACAUCUCAGAAAUUACACAGAACUGAUAGUCAAAGAGGCAUUCAGCAGUGACGAGGAAAAUCCAGACUCCAAACUCAAAUAAGAAAAACAAAAGUUCUGGGACUGACAGUGUUUCUUCACUUGAUGUUAAUAUUGUUAGUUGUUGGCUCCCAAUAACA